AUGAUAUUCUCCUCAACAAGGCCCAGGCUAGAUGUCCUCACAGAUGUAACUGUUUGGGACUGGCUCUUCGAAUCCAGGCAUUACACGGCGCAACAAGCUACAAAAAGAGGUGGCUUCAACAAUGCUGCCACGGGUGAGCGGAUGGGCUACAAGGAUGUGAAAGCUUAUUCCACUUUCGCGUCAACCGCGUUAGUACAGAACCAUGGCCUUCGGCCUGGUGACACCGUCAUCAUUCUUAGUCCGAACUUGAUACAGUAUGCAGUAGCAAUGAUGGCGAUUGUUCGAGCUGGUUGUGGCAUUGUAGCAGGCGCAUCCCCUGCUCAUGGUGCAGAUGAACUAGUCUAUCUCCUCAUUUCUUCACGCGCGAAGUUUAUUUUCACCGUUCCUUCCUGUAUGUCUAAGGUAAUGAUAUCAGCAGACAGGGUAGGAAUUCCGCAUGCGAGGGUGUUCCUGCUGGAAGGGCGACAGGAUUCUCAAACAACGCUGCAGGAUUGCAUUGAUAUUGGAAGAUCUUAUGGCCCUGGCGGUCAGGAGGGGUCGUUCAAAAUACUGGAUGGGAGCAGUAACCGGGAUUCGUGUGGAUACCUGAACUUCAGUAGUGGAACCACGGGACGGCCAAAAGCUGUAAAAUGGCAGGUCAUGCUGUCACAUCAUAAUAUCAUCGCACAGUGCAUGCAAGCUAGGCAAACGUCUGACAUCGAGAACAAGAAGAUGCUGGCCGUGCUCCCACUCUAUCAUGUCAUAGGAUUGAUCCAUCUGAUACACGUGCCCAUAAUGCGUGAUAUGGAGGUAUUGAUGCUGUCGUCAUUUACCAUGGAAUCCAUGCUAGGCACCAUUGUGAAGCACCAAAUCACGGAAGUGCCAAUUGUACCCCCCAUGAUUGUUCGACUUCUUACUGAUCCAGAAGUGGCCCAGUAUGAUCUUUCCCAUGUUAAAACCUUCUCUUCUGGUGCAGCGCCAAUUGCAACAGAGUUACUUCGGCAGCUAGAAAAAGCUUAUCCCGGAACUGGCCUGAAGCAAAGCUACGGGAUGACGGAGAGUUGUGGCGCCCUAACAACCCAUUCCCUUAAUGAAGAGGGAUACAAGUAUGGGCAUACUGUUGGUACCAUCAUGGCUAAUACAGAGCUGCGGAUUGUUGAUACAAUCACAUCAUUUCCCUUGGGUUAUAGUGCACAGGGAGAAAUUCACGCCAGAGGCCCGCAAAUAGCCAUGGGAUAUUUAGGUAACGAUAAGGCUACUAUCGAGACCUUUCCUCCAGAUGGUUGGCUACGCACCGGUGACGUUGGCUUCAUUGACAGCGAAGGAUUUCUGACCAUCACCGAUAGGAUCAAAGAUAUGAUUAAAGUCAAAGGCAUAGGUGUGUCUCCUGCAGAGUUGGAGGAUAGCUUGUUGCAGCACCCGGCUGUGGCGGAUGCAGCGGUUGUAGGUAUUCCCGAGGAAUACUCGGGACAAAGACCGAAGGCAUAUGUGGUGAUGAAGGGAACAUCUGACAGUGGAGCAACUGGGGAGAUUUCUUGGCGCGUUGUGGGUCAGGAGCUGAUGGAGCUGAUCCGGUCUCAGAAAGUGCGUCACAAGUGGCUGUCGGAAGUUGAAUUCAUAGAUGCCAUUCCAAAAGUGCCCAGUGGUAAAAUCCUCCGCAGGGAGCUUCUCGAGCGCGCAGAUGCAGAAGGCAUGCAGCAGUGCAGGAUUGUGCGGGAAAUUCAGUCAAGGGGGAAGCUGUAA